AUGCUCACUCUCAAGCAUACACUUCCAAUUCCUCGCAUUCUCUAUCCAACCUCAAGAAGCUCACAAGACAAACCAACUCUAAUUCCACGCCGUCAGGUCACUAACUCGCUCUCAUCUUCGUCUUCGGUGACCGUCCCCUCACGGUCGCUUUCUCUCUCUAACGAGUCCACUCUCUCUCAAGAACCCGAAACCGAAACCGCACAGCCAAAGAACGCAUGCCCUCCGAACAUGUGCCCUCUCACUCCCAUAGACUUCCUCGAGAGGGCCGCCCUCGUCUACGGCGACUGCCCUUCCAUCGUGUACCACGACACCAUCCACACGUGGUCCGAGACCCGCGCCCGCUGCCUCCGGCUGGCCUCCUCCAUUUCCUCUCUCGGCAUCGCAAGGGGAAACGUGGUCUCCGUCCUCGCCCCGAACUUGCCCGCCAUGUGCGAGCUCCACUUCGCGGUCCCCAUGGCCGGGGCCAUCCUCAACACUAUCAACCUCCGCCUCGACUCUCGCUCCAUCUCCAACAUCUUACUCCACGCCGAGUCGAAGCUCGUGUUCGUCGACUCCCAGUCGGCCUCCCUCGCCAGCGAGGCCGUCUCCAUGCUCCCUCCGGGCCCUGCCCGGCCCGUUCUGAUCCUCAUCCGCGACGAGCACUGCGAAAACUACGAUCAUCGUUACGACGGCUUCCACGAUCUCGAGUACGAGGACAUGGUCGGGCGGGGCGACCCGAGCUUCGACUGGGUCCGGCCCGUGAGCGAGCUCGACCCGAUCUCCUUGAACUACACCUCCGGGACCACGUCCUCCCCGAAAGGCGUCGUCAGCAGCCACCGGGGGGCGUUCCUCGUCUCGCUGGGCUCCCUCCUCGACUGGGCCGUUCCGGCCCGGCUCGUCUACCUCUGGACGCUCCCGAUGUUCCACGCCAACGGGUGGGGCUACGCGUGGGCCCUGGCGGCGGUCGGUGGCGCCGGCGGAGGGAGCGUGAUGCUCGGGUACUUCAAGGAUUCGGAGGGAACGAGCGGGUGCAUGAAGGGGGGGUGGUUGUACACGGGGGACGUGGGGGUGGUGCACGAGGACGGGUAUUUGGAGGUGAAGGACAGGUCGAAGGACGUGAUUAUAUGUGGUGGGGAGAAUAUGAGCAGCGUGGAGGUUGAGGCGGUGUUGUACGGACACCCGGCGGUGAACGAGGCGGCGGUGGUGGCGCGGCCGUGCGCGUAUUGGGGGGAGACGCCGUGCGCGUUCGUUAGCCUGAAAGGGGUGGGGGAAAAGCCGACCGAGAAGGAUAUAAGGGAUUAUUGCAAGGAGAGGCUGCCGAGGUAUAUGGUGCCGAGGAAAGUGGUGUUCAAGGACGAGCUGCCCAAGACUUCUACAGGGAAACUGCAGAAGUUUUUGCUUAGGGAGAUGGCCAGGAAUUUCGAGGAUUGA